AUGAUAUCAAAUAAUAAUAAUAAUAGAAUAUGUACACUUCAUCCAAACAGAUUUUUAAUGUUUUUUUGUUUGGAUUGCCAAUUAAUUCCAUGUUGUGCUCAGUGUACCUCAGUUUCAGGUGAACAUCAUGGUCAUAAAACUAAUGAAUAG